GAGAUGGAACCUACAUUUCGUAGGACGAUGUAUACAUGCGUAUCCCGUACAUACAACUAAUACAACUUAAAACGAAAUAUACUCUAGCUUUUAAGACAAUCUAAUACAACGUAAAACUAAAAAUGCUCUGUAGCUUUAAGACAAACAUUAUGGAAAGGGUUAAAAAGAGGAAGUGAGCACACAGCGGAGUUUCGUUUCCCUAAUGAAAGUUUUAAUUUGGGAUCUGAGCUUUAGCACUAGAAAGGAGAAGCGCAAGUACAGUAGUACGCGACGGGGUACCAAGAAAGAAUACGCAGUUUUAUUCGUGCACAUGACAAUACAAAAGCCCUGAAGUGCGACAGAACGACGCCGAUCCUGACAUAAUAAUGAUGGCGGAGGCCGACGCGGAAGAGAACGUGUACCGUGAGGCUGUGGCGGAGUCGCCUGUUGCGCCCCCUAAUGGCGACAUUAACAUUGACGACCUGUUACCCGACGGUCCUCAGGGGAAUAUUCAAGGACAGAUGGAGGAGUUCCUGGGCCCCCAGCCGGAGUACGAUGAGGAAGAGGAGGAGAAGAAGUAUUACAGGAGGAAGAAGCUGGGCGUGGUGAAGAACGUCCUGGGGGCCAGCGUCGGGGGCAUGAUUAUAUACAGCGUCUACAUGGGCCUGUUGCAGAUGCAGCUGAUCCUCCACUAUGAUGAGACGUACAGGGAGGUGAAGUAUGGUAACCUGGGUCUGGAGGACAUUGACAAGAAGAUGCUGAUGGGGAUCAACGUUACACCCAUCAUAGGCCUGUUAUACACCCCCAUACUCAUCAGGUUUCUGGGCACCAAGUGGAUGAUGUUUCUGGCCAGUGGAAUUUACGCUCUCUUCGUCUCAACCAAUUACUGGGAGCGAUACUACACACUGGUACCAUCGGCUGUGGCCAUUGGUGCAGCCAUUGUCCCGCUGUGGGCGUCAUUAGGGAACUACAUCACAAGGAUGGCGCAACAGUACUACGAGUAUGUCAACUAUAAGGAGGAUCACGUUCAGGAACAGAAGAAACUACCCAAGGGGGCGUGUCAUCGCUAUGUCAUCAUCUUCCAAUCCGUGUUCUUCAUCAUCUUCCAUCUCAGCCUGGUGUUUGCAGAGUUCCCCCAGCGCAUCUUCCUCCAGCAGUUCCUGAGUGACUACAACCACACACUGUACAACGUUAAACACUGUGGUGCGGAGGGCAGUGGUAUGAUUGGUGGUUUCAACAGGACCGUCCUGAAGCACCUCCCUCGCUCCCUGCUGCUCAUCCAGGUGGAGAGUGUUCUCAUGGGGGCCGCCUUCCUCUCCAUGAUCAUCUUCCUGGCGGUGUGCGGGGCUGCGUACCGCCCUACAGAGGAGAUCGAUCUGAGGAGUAUCGGCUGGGGGAACAUCUUCCAGUUGCCCUUCAAACACCUGAGAGACUACAGGCUGAGACUCCUCAUCCCCUUCUUCAUCUACAGUGGACUGGACACACUCUUCUCUGUCACCGGACUCACUCUGUCGUAUGGUGUGUGUACGGUGGGUCUGGAGUGGCUGUAUCUCCUGGUGAUGGUCUAUGGUCUGUCCUGCUCCCUGUUCUCCUGCCUGUCCCUGUCCCUCCUCAGGCUGCCACGCUACGUCUCUCUGCUAGGGGGCGCUGUGAUCCACGGUCCUCUGCUUGUGUUCCUGCUGUUCUGGUCCCCGGCUCCACGCUCACCUGAUCAACUGCCUUACCUGCUGGUGGUGAUCGCCCUCUGGGGAAUGGGGUCUGCAUUGAAUAAGACUGGACUCAGCAUUCUCCUGGGUAUGUUGUAUGAAGAUAAAGAGAGACUGGACUUUGUCUACACCAUCUACCACUGGUGGCAGGCUAUCGCCAUCUUCAUAGUCUACCUGUGGACUGGACUCAUCAUGAGGGCCAAACUCUCCAUUCUAUUGGUCAUCUUGCUGCUGGCAUGCUUCUGCUAUUGGACGAUGGAGCGACGCCUGGCCAAGAACAUGCCUUUCAGACUGCCUCGCAUUCCCCGCCCCAAACACAAGGUUAAAGGUUAUCGUUACCUGGAGGAGGAAAACUCAGACGAGUCAAACUCGGAGGAGAGUGAUGAGGAUGAUGAUGAAGAGACGCAGGAGGAGGUGAUCAGGGAGGACUUUGGCGGAGACGCAGGGUCGCAGGGCUCUGAUUCGACCAGGGAGAGGAGGGGAGGGGCUAGGGGUCGGCGCAGGAGGCAAGACGAUGAUUAUGAGCAAGCGGGGGAAAGGGAGGAGAGAGAGAAGGAGUGAUAGAGAGAGGGAGAGGGAUAGAGAAAGAGGGAGGAGAUUUCCUCUACUCUAGGUGUUCUCUAGCUAUCCUCUAGCUGUCCUCUAGGUAUCCUCUAGCUGUCCUCUAGGUAUCCUCUAGCUAUCCUCUAGGUAUCCUCUAGCUGUCCUCUAGCUAUCCUCUAGCUGUCCUCUAGGUAUCCUCUAGCUGUCCUCUAGGUAUCCUCUAGGUAUCUUCUAGCUGUCCUCUAGCUGUCCUCUAGCUGUCUUCUAGCUGUCCUCUAGCUGUCCUCUAGCUAUCCUCUAGGUAUCUUCUAGCUGUCCUCUAGCUGUCCUCUAGGUAUCCUCUAGGUAUCCUUUAGCUGUCCUCUAGCUGUCCUCUAGCUGUCCUCUAGGUAUCCUCUAGCUGUCCUCUAGCUAUCCUCUAGCUGUCCUCUAGGUAUCCUCUAGCUGUCCUCUAGGUAUCUUCUAGCUGUCCUCUAGGUAUCCUCUAGCUGUCCUCUAGCUGUCCUCUAGCUAUCCUCUAGCUGUCCUCUAGCUAUCCUCUAGCUGUCCUCUAGGUAUCCUCUAGCUGUCCUCUAGCUAUCCUC